CACAUACCCGUCGCUGAUGCUUCGACAGUGAGCGACACCGCUUUCGCUGAUGCCACCACCGAUAGAUCAGGUCCAAUAAUCCAAGACAUUAUCACAUCUCACCAUGGAGAAGUAGAAUCCGACAAGCAUUACCGAAUUGUCCCAGAUACUGUAGAAGCGAUACAAAUCAUUGUUAAAGAGUGGGGCGAUAGUGGCAAUGUGGAUUGGAUAAUCACCACUGGUGGGACUGGGUUCGGUGUUCGCGAUGUUACGCCUGAGGCCAUUAUUCCCCUUUUAGAUCGCGCUGCCCCUGGUCUAGUUCACCUUCUCCUGGCUGUGUCCCUCCAACAUACACCACUUGCAGCGCUCUCACGUCCGGUCGCAGGCAUGAUCAAAAGUACACUCAUAACCACCCUUCCUGGGUCUGUAAAAGCUGUCAAAGAGAAUAUGGACGCGUUGAUGAGAGGCGGGAUCGUGCAGCAUGCCGUAGAGCUGUUGAGAGGCGGAACGGGAGCAAGGGUACAUGCGAUCUUAGCUGGAGGAGAGCAAAGAAGUAUGAGUCACAACGGCCAUAGCCAUGGGCAUGAUCAUGGCACUCAUGUGCAUCAUCAUCACCAUGAUCAUCAUACACCUACACCGCGAUCUGUGCAAGUGUUGUCUCACGAUCCUAGUGCACCUGCGUCUGCAAGACACAGGAAAUCUCCUUACCCAUUGAUCUGGUUUGAGGCUGCACUCGAUCACCUCCAUGCAAAUAUCGAAGUUCUCCCAGCUGAACCUCGCAUUCUAACGCCCUUUUAUCAGGUCGACAACAACUUACGUGAAUAUAUACUUGCAGAAGAUGUACACGCACCACAAGACGUACCUCCUACUUCUACCACGAACGUAGAUGGCUACGCUAUCCGUUCAGCCGACUCUCCGGGAGUAUACAAAGUCCUCACCCGCUUCCCCACCACACCCCUUUCAGAAGACACCAUCUACCGAAUCAACACGGGCAGCCCACUCCCCCCAGGCACAGACGCCGUCAUCAUGGUGGAGGACACGCAACUCGUGUCGACGGAUGAUGAGACAGAGGAAGAGACAGAAGUGGAGACUCUCGCUCGAAUUCCUGCAGGAGAAAACGUUCGCCUUCCUGGCUCAGACGUCCGCAAGGGGGAUGUCGUCAUGCUGAAAGGAGACAGAAUUACCGGGCGAGGCGGCGAAGUUGGGUCUCUUGUUUUUGUUGGUCGGGAAAAGGUCCGCGUGUAUCGUAAACCAGUCGUAGCCAUUCUAAGCACGGGCAACGAGCUCAUGGACGUACAAAUGCGCGAGGCGAGCUCGACAACACCUGUUGAAGGAUGGGGUGGCAUCUUCGACACUAAUAGGCCGUCCUUGCGGGCCGUUUUGGAGAGUAUGGGGUAUGAAGUUGUGGAUCUGGGAAUUGUGCCAGAUGACGUAGAAGCCCACGUCAAAGCAAUUCAACGAGGUCUCUCUGAAGCCGACAUGAUCUUGACAACAGGGGGAACUUCCAUGGGCCCAACCGACCUCUUGAAACCCGUCAUCGAGCGAAACUUUGGAGGGACUGUUCACUUUGGAAGGGUCGCCGUGAAACCCGGAAAACCCACUACCUUCGCUACGAUCCCGUUCGAGGAUGAAGGGGGAAGGCGUGGGAAGAAGCCCAUUUUUGCGUUACCAGGGAACCCGGCGUCUGCGUUGGUGAUGCUUUACGUGUUUGUUGUUCCCGCGUUGAGAAAAAUGGGUGGGUGGACGGAAGAGAUGUGUCAGUUGCCAAGGGUGAAAGUGCAGAUCCAACACCUGAUGUUUCUCGACCCUCGAACAGAGUUUCACCGCGUUGUCAUCCGCAUUGGGAAAGAUUCAGGCGUAUUGAAAGCGUAUAGCACGGGCGGACAGAGGUCGAGU